CACUUCCUGCCGGAAGUGCAUAUUCGCCGAUGGGUCCGGUUCGGACGCCUCCACCUGCCGUGCUGGCGGCCGUGGAAGCCGCAGCUAUGGGGCUGGGAGAGGGGUCCCUGGCCCCCAGCGUCGGUUGUCUCCUGCCCUCUCGACCUGCGGCCCGGCUCCUGCAGCUGCCUCGGGGUGUCGCCGACUCUCGUGCCGGUCGGGCCGCGGACCUGGAAGGCUGGUCCGGGGCUCUGUCGGCCGCUGUGAGCUCGCUCCGCGCAGGCGGGCUGGUCGCCGUUCCCACGGACACGCUGUACGGCGUGGCCUGCUCGGCCUCCUGCUCCGCGGCCCUCGGGGCGGUGUACAGCCUCAAGGGUCGCUGCCAGACCAAGCCGCUGGCCGUGUGCCUGGGCCGCGUGUCGGACAUCUACAGGUAUUGCCAGGUGAGGGUCCCCCGAGAGCUCCUGGAGGACCUGCUGCCUGGUCCUGUGACUCUGGUGAUGGAACGUUCAGGAGAGCUCAACAAGGACCUAAAUCCUUUCACCCCACUUGUAGGUAUUCGAAUACCCGAUCAUGCCUUCAUGAGAGAUUUGGCUCAGACAUUCUCAGGACCCCUUGCCCUCACCAGUGCCAACAUAAGCUCACAGCCAAGUUCAUUGAAUGUUAAGGAGUUCCAGGAUCUCUGGCCUCACUUGUCCUUAGUCAUUGAUGGGGGACCAAUUGGAGAUAUAAAAAGUCCUGAAUGUCGACUUGGCUCCACUGUGGUAGACUUGUCAGUGCCUGGAAAGUACAGAAUUAUCCGACCGGGCUGUGCACUGACACAGACUGCAGCCAUCCUCCAGAAGAAGUACGGCUUGGUCCCCUCAGAAGAGCCCUGCUCUUGAAAAGGGAGGAGAUUACAAGAACUGGAGCUAGGCACUGUGUGUCUGUUAAUUGGUGUGGCCUUGUUUAAUGAGGUCAUUGGGGCCACUUCUACAGACUUAACCUCUUCAAGUCUUGGAGAUCCCGAGGGAACCUUAGACUCUGCUCAUCUGAACUUAUAUAAACUGACUCUUUCCAAUAGUUUGAUGGAAAAAGAGACGUGAUUACAUUCAAUGUUUGUUUUAUAAGUUCCUGAGGAUGGCUUCUUUCUGACAUUGGAAUAAGUGGUUUACUUUUGGGAAAGUGGUCUAAGCACUUGCUUCUCUUUCCUCCAAAAGUUUGAGAUCUGGAGAGAUUUCACAUCUUGGGUCCCUGACUGGUAGCAUGGGCCAGAAGCUUGUGACUGUUAAUGUUAUUACCAGGUGACCAAAGUCUUUUUUUUUUUGUUUUUUGCUACUGAGGUUGGAACUAGGAGGAAAUAAAAUCUCUAAGGACACAA